CCAGAGCUGGUCUGGCCGCCCGGGCAGGCCCUGCCCGGCCCCAUGGCCCAGACCCCCGACGGCAUAUCCUGUGAGCUGCGAGGUGAAAUCGCCAGGUUCCUGUGGCCCAAGGAGGCGGAGCUGCUACUGAAAACCUGGCUACCCGGCGAGAGUGCUGAGCCAAGUCAUGUCCUGGUGCUGCUGCGAUGGAGGGCCUACCUGCUGCACACCUGCCUCCCACUGAGGGUGGACUGCACGUUCAGCUACCUGGAGGUCCAGGCCAUGGCCCUGCAGGAGACACCCCCUCAGGUCGUCUUUGAGCUGGAGUCCCUGCCUGAGCUGAUCCUCGAGUUCGCUGGCGUGGCUGCCCUGGAGCAGCUGGCGCAGCACGUGGCCGCCGCCAUCAGGAAGGUCUUCCCCCGCUCCACCCUUGGGAAACUAUUCCGGAAGCCCACGCCCCCCUCCAUGCUGGCUCGGCUGGAGCAAAGCAGCCCUGCAGAUCCUGCUGCACAGGGUAGCCCCUGCGGAGGCUUCUUGGAGACUUACGAGGCUCUGUGUGACUACAACGGCUUCCCUUUCCGAGAGGAGAUCCAGUGGGAUGUGGACACCAUCUACCACCGCCAGGGCUGUCGCCAUUUCAGCCUAGGAGACUUCAGCCACCUUGGCAGUCGGGACCUGGCCUUGAGUGUGGCUGCCCUGUCCUACAACCUGUGGUUCCAACGGCUGUCCUGCGUGGACAUGAAGCUGAGCCUUGAGGUCUCAGAACAGAUUCUGCAUAUGAUGAGUCAGUCGUCCCACCUGGAGGAGCUGGUGCUGGAGACCUGUGGCCUGAGGGGAGACUUUGUCCGGCGGCUGGCCCAGGCGCUGGCAGGGCACUCCAACUCCGGGCUGCGGAAGCUCAGCCUGGCCGGGAACCUGCUGGAUGACAGAGGUGUAGCUGCACUCAGCAGACACCUGGAGCACCGGCAGGGAGCCCUGAGGAGGCUCAGCCUAGCGCAGACCGGGCUGACUCCAAGAGGAAUGAGGGCUCUGGGCCGGGCACUGGCCACCAAUGCUGCCUUCGACUCUGCCCUGACCCACCUGGAUCUUUCUGGAAAUCCCGGAGCGCUGGGGCCCUCCGAGGACAACGGGGGCCUCUACACUUUCCUGAGCCGCCCCAACGUUCUGGCCUUCCUGAGUCUCGCAGGCACGGACACUGCCCUGGACACUCUCUUCGCGGCGCUGUCCCGCGGCUGUUGCGCCAGCCUCACCCACCUCGACGCCUCCAGGAACGUCUUCUCCCGCGCGAAGGCCCGGGCCGUGCCGGCCUCGCUGCAGCUCUUCCUCAGCCGCGCCGGGACGCUGCGGCACCUGGGCCUGGCCGGCUGCAAGCUGCCGCCCGACGCGCUCAGGGCACUUUGGGAUGGCCUGGCGCUCAACACGCACCUCCGAGACCUGCACCUGGAUCUCAGCGCGUGCGAGCUGCGUUCCGCCGGCGCCCAGGUGAUACAAGACUUAGUGUGCGACGCAUGCGCCGUGAGCUCCUUGGACCUGGCCGAUAACGGCUUCGGCUCAGACAUGGUGACCCUGGUGCUAGCCAUCGGAAGGAGUCGGUCCCUGAGACACGUGGCACUCGGAAGGAACUUCAACGUCCGGUGCAAGGAGACCCUGGACGAUGUCCUGCACCGGAUUGUCCAGCUCAUGCAAGACGACGACUGUCCUCUGCAGUCUCUGUCUGUGGCCGAGUCGCGGCUGAAGCUGGGCGUCAGCGUGCUGCUCCGGGCGCUGGGCACCAAUCCUAACCUGACAGCACUGGAUAUCAGCGGCAACGCCAUGGGGGACGCGGGGGCCAAAAUGCUGGCCAAGGCGCUGCGGGUCAACACCAGGCUCCGGUCUGUGGUCUGGGACCGGAACCACACGUCUGCUCUGGGCCUGCUGGACGUGGCGCAGGCCCUGGAGCAGAACCACAGCCUGAAGGACAUGCCCCUGCCGCUAAAUGACGUGGCCCAGGCGCAGCGCAGCCGCCCGGAACUGACAGCACGUGCAGUGCAGCAGAUACAAGCCUGUCUAUUGAGGAACAGCCGCAGGGACCUCACCUCUUGUGACCGUGUGUCCCGUCGUCAGCCACUGGGUCUGGUCUCUCUCCCCUCGGAGCAGGAAGUGAAUGAACUGUGUCAGUCAGUGCAGGAACACGUGGAGCUCCUAGGCUGUGGGGCCGGGCCCCAGGGCGAAGCUGCUGUGCACCAGGCUGAGGACGCCAUUCAAAAUGCCAACUUCUCUCUCAGCAUCCUCCCCAUCCUCUAUGAGGCUGGGAGCUCCCCAGGCCACCACUGGCAGCUGCAACAAAAGCUGGAGGGCCUUCUGGGACAGGUGGGCGAGGUCUGCCGCCAGGACAUCCAGGACUUCACUCAGGCCACACUGGACACAACAAGGAGCCUCUGCCUGCAGAUGCUACAGGGACCUGGCUGGAAGGAGCAGCUAGAAGGGAUCCUGGUGGGUUCUAGGGGCCUCCCAGAGCUGCUUCCGGAGCAGCUGCUGCAAGAUGCCUUCAGUAGGCUCAGGGACAUGCGGCUGUCAGUCACCAGGACCUUGGCAGAGAGCAUUGUGGCUCAGGCUGUGGCAGGUCUGAGUGCUGCCAGGGAUCGGCUGAUGGAGAGUCUGGCUCUGAAGGCACCUGUGGUAAUGCCCCCUGCGCUGCCAGCACUGGAUGGAGAUGAGCCCAGCCCCCUUGGGCCUGGGGAAGUGGACGGUCUUUUCUUCCCUGAAGAGGAGGAGGGGGAGGAGGAGGAGGAGAAAGAGAAGGAUGGCAGUAAUCCACCAAAAUGGCCUGAGCCCAGCCACUGUCUUCAGCUGCUCUCCUCCACUCGCAGUCCUGCUGAGGAAGCGAAGCCGGAGCCCGAGCUGGCGGCUCCGGGGGAAGAUGCGGAGCCACAGGCGGGGCCGUCCGCGCGCGGCUCUCCGAGUCCUGCCACCCCCGGGCCCUCGGCCGGCCCGCUGCCGCGCAUGGACCUGCCACCCGCCGGGCAGCCCCUGCGCCAUCCGACCCGGGCCCGGCCACGUCCGCGCCGGCAGCACCACCACCGCCCGCCGCCGGGGGGCCCCCAGGUGCCCCCGGCCCUGCCGCAGGAAGGCAAUGGGCUCAGCGCCCGUGUGGACGAGGGCGUGGAAGAAUUCUUCUCCAAAAGGUUGAUCCCUCAGGAUCGCCUCUGGGCCCCGGAGGAGGACUCGGCCACUGAGGGGGGUGCCACUCCAGUUCCCCGAACACUGAGAAAGAAGCUGGGGACCCUUUUUGCCUUCAAGAAGCCUCGUUCAACACGGGGUCCACGGCCUGAUCCAGAAACCAGCCCUGGGGCAGCUCCUCGCGCCCGAAAAACCACACUUGGGGACUUACUGCGGCCUCCAGCCCGUCCUGCCCGCGGCGAGGAGCCUGGUGGGGCCGAGGGCGGCACCAGCAGCCCUGACCCUGCCCGCAGGAGCCGGCCUCGAUACACUAGGGACAGCAAGGCCUACUCCAUGAUCCUACUGCCUGCCGAGGAGGAAGAGGUGGCGACCCUGGGUGCCAGACCGGACAAGAGGCGGCCCCUGGAGCGGGGAGACACAGAGCUGGCCCCAUCCUUUGAACAGCGGGUACAAGUGAUGCUACAGAGGAUCGGCGUAAGCCGAGGCAGUGGGGGCGCGGAAGGCAAGAGAAAGCAAAGCAAAGAUGGUGAGAUCAAGAAGGCCGGCUCAGAUGGUGACAUUAUGGACAGUUCCACAGAAGCCCCACCCAUCUCCAUCAAGUCCCGCACCCACUCUGUGUCUGCUGACCCCUCGUGCAGACCCGGCCCAGGGGGCCAGGGGCCUGAACCCGCCACCUGGAAGACACUGGGGCAGCAAUUGAAUGCAGAACUCAGGGGCCGGGGCUGGGGCCAACAGGAUGGUCCAGGCCCUCCCUCCCCUUGUCCCAGCCUAAGUCCCCACAGAGCCAGCCCCUCUCCUGACAGCCUAGGUCUACCGGAGGACCCCUGUGUGGGCCCCAGGAAGGAAGAUGGCCAGCUGAGGCCACGGCCUCUGUCGGCAGGGCGGCGAGCAGAGUCUGCGCAUGAGGACCAGCUCCAGGCCCCUGCUGAACGGCCCCUGCGGCUGCAGCGCUCCCCUGUCCUCAAGCGCAGGCCCAAGCUGGAGGCCCCUCCAUCCCCAAGCCUAGGAUCUGGCCUUAGAGCGGAGCCUCUGCCCCCGGAGCCCUCCUCCAGCCCUGAGCGGAGUCCACCCUCCCCAGUCACAGACCAAAGAGGCGGCGGCCCCAAUCCCUAAUCCCCUCCUCUCCUGCCGCAUGAGAUUAUUUUAUUAAAAAACGCAAAGGAAGCAGAGUGUGGGGCACUUUCUGUUCACCCCCA